AUGGGCCAACUAGUGAACCUCAGGAACUUCUACAACUAUAUGACACAAGCGUAUCUUCCGCGAGGGGUCAAGCUUAAGAGGUUGUCUAUGUUCACUGUGGGAGAUGAUGGGCAAGAAGGGAUGUCAAGUCUUGAUGACUUGACGAAUUAUCGAGUAGUGGAUGAUCCUAUGGUGUCACGUGAUGAGGAGAUGUUGUGCUACUUGAAGCCUUACCAGGAGCUCAAUGGGUUGCGUGUCAAUGGAUAUUAUGGGACCAUAACGCCCGUAUGGUUUGAUCUCCUCGGUUCCUUAAAAAGUAUAAUCCUUUCUGACAGUCCACUAUGGGUAGAGUUGCCCUUGUUUAGCCGUUUGAAGGAUUUGGAACUCUUAGAGUUCAGAGGGAAGAAUGGGGGUAAAAGUUCCAGAUAUGACUUUUUUGAAUGCGACAGUGGCAAUAGAUGGAGCUCCUGA